AUGACAUGCAGGCCCCACCUGAUUUUACCUCUUGGCAUUCCGCAUUUGAGAAACACACGACAGUCCCAGUCUGGUUCAAUGCCUAGUUUGGAUACCCACAAUAACAACCUGCGUAAUGCCAAUGCUGCUACAGAAACGUUUUCAGGUCACACCAGGAGAUUAAGUCGAUGCAAAAGCGAUUCGGAAAUGAUUCGGCAAGUCUAUCGCUCGAAUGCAUGUCUUUCGACUAGACUUAUUGCUGCAAGGUCUCUCUCGUCAAAGUGCACGUCUCCUGAGGAAAACCUAUGCUUGGACAAAAGCACGCCACAUACAUGGUCGACAUUUACCAUGUUUGUUGCUGGUUUACCUCGUGGUAUACCACCUAGUGCUAGUCUGCAAAGAUCGCUUGUGCAAUUCCUGUCACAAUGGGCGCCUGUAGAGAGCGUCAAGCUUAUCACUUAUUCGUCAAAUGGUCAGCUCAAAUGUGUGUUUGCCGAUUUUGCGAAUGAAGAUGAUGCAACUAAAGCUCUCAAAGGCGUACAGACGUCCAUAUUCUACCAUAUGCACUUGCGCUUAGAGCCUGCGCGGGGUGAUCGCACGUUGCGAUUUACUAUGUACGACGCGAAUAUGCCUUAUAUUAAUGUAUCGUACAUAUGGAUUCAAACGAAUACGUCAAAAAUGGCUCGCAUGUACCAGCCCAAGCGUGCACAAGACUUCCCUCAUGCCGCUCUUACGAAAAAAUUACUCUUUGAUCUCGCAAGUCUGUUUGGAGGCAUUGAUUUGGUUAAAGAAAAGACAACUGAGCGCAAGCCGUGCUUCGAUGUGGUGUUUCAGCACCGAGAUGCAGCGUAUUCAGCUCUGCGACAACUAUCGGCCCAUGCGCCCAUGAGCAAUUUGUGUGUACGGUGGUGCAUGUCCGAUAUCGCGCAUGCCUAUGGCCCGAUGCCGGACAAUUGUGUGGCAGAAGAAACGCAGCAUACGUACGUUCAUCAGUCAUUGCCGUACCUGAAUUAUCAUGGUCCUGUUUGGACGCCAAUCUAUCCUGAAGCAUCUUCCGGUGGUGUAUUAACGCUCUCCAAUAAGCAAAAUAUGGUACCCAAGUCAUCGAUUGAUCAGAAACAGACUAGCGGACUACCUCACAAGUUGGACUGUAUACUACAUUCUUCGAACCCGUUUACGGUCCAUGUAUCGACUUUGGGUUCAAAGACGUCUGUCACGAAGCUAUGUGAUAUAUUUGGUCAAUUUGGACCCCUUCACAUGGUGACAAUAAUGGCCAAAGGUCAAGCUUCAGUCACGUACGGUUCCUCUUCAGUUUUUACUGACUGCCAGUUUUAA